CUGCAUAAAAGAAAUUGAAUCUGCGCCCACAGCUGAGGAUUCGGGUGCAGAAGUAGGUGGCGAGGAGAAUAAAACUGGUGAUGGGGCAUCUUGUUUGGAUAAUACGUAUGAAGAGACUGCUGACGCUGUUCUGUUGUCAUCUACAGCAACGAUUGGAAGUACUGAGUUUACUUAAAAGAAUCCUUAAAAAGAAGUCGUGGAAGUUUUGCGGAACGACAAUGUAAUUCAAGUUGCAGACAACAAUGAAAAUAUGAAUAUUGUUCGAUCUAGUGAAGACGAUCCGUGUUACCUAGAGAAAUGCUAUACAAUUUUGCUACCGUUUGGAAUAGGAGGGUAUGGUGAGUUUCGUAAAAUCCCCAUAUCCCAACAAGCUUUGGACAUGCUUACCCGAAAAUGCAUGUUCAACAAAGUCAUGGCGAGUACAAAACUUCAUUCUCGAACUGUUGAUUGCAAUGGGCAAUCUCUGAACAAAGGAGAAGUAUUUGGUCAGAUAUCUGCUAUCGAUAUACAGAAGGCAGCUGAAUUCAAACAACACAAUCAAGACAAGACAAUGCGCCACUGCUGCAGCCCUCGAAAAACGUAUGCCGCCACUUCCCACAAGUGCUUGCGGGCCAUCGCAACCUUCACAAGCAGAUUGGACGUGAAUAUCUUGAAAAAACCUUGAAAAGGUUACUUCCUCUCAUGAUAUAACGUCAAAAAUAUGGUUUGUGGAAGCUGACUCGGUGGUAGGUGGAAAGCGGGACUAGCUUUGACACCAGUAACGAAGAUAUUUCACAUCGUGUAGCAAAUAAUGCUUCGACUGGAAGAGAGGCUAACGAACGCUGUACCAUUUCGAAUGAACUGACGAACUGACAGAUGAAGAAGAUACAAUCAACAACAUCGUUGAAAAACUCAACAUCUAUCUACGACGAAGAGCUCCUGUUUUGUUCGUCCCAGAAUUUAACGAAUCCAUUAUGGCUGUUCUCAACUGCAACAAUUGU